UAGUGGUGAACUGCAGUUACGCUACGUUUGGUCUUUCUGAGCCACCGUACCUCAGCAGCGGUCUGUGUGUUUCUGUGCUGCGGCUCGGUGUUAACUGCAGUAGUCACUCCAGUAAAAAGGAAGUAAGAAAAGUACAUAUUGUCAUCCAGAAAUUAAAAUAUUCCAGGGAUUUCCAGGAAUUUCUCCUAAAAUUCAUCACCACAACAAAAAGGAUAUUUAACUAAGAGCAAUGUUAAACUGCUGAAAGAGGUGAAGCAUAAGACAUCCUGAAGAAUCUCCAGAACACGCAGAAAUUGUUUGAUACGUUUAACAGAUAAACAAAGCAAAGUCCCGACAUGGAGAAACAUCACCAGCGCAUUCACACAGGAGAGAAACCGUAUCACUGCUCAGACUGUGGCAAGAGUUUUACUAAACAGAGUAAACUCAAAAUACACCAGCGCAUUCACACAGGAGAGAAACCGUAUUACUGCUCAGACUGUGGCAAGAGUUUUAAUCUACAGAGUAGUCUCAAAAUACACCAGCGCAUUCACACAGGAGAGAAACCGUAUCACUGCUCAGACUGUGGCAAGAGUUUUACUAAACAGAGUAAACUCAAAAUACACCAGCGCAUUCACACAGGAGAGAAACCGUAUUACUGCUCAGACUGCGGGAAGAGUUUUAUUACACAGAGUCAACUCAAAAUUCACCAACGCAUUCACACAGGAGAGAAACCGUAUUACUGCUCAGACUGUGGGAAGAGUUUUAAUCAAGAGGGUCAUCUCAAACGACACCAGCGAAUUCACACAGGAGAGAAACCGUAUCACUGCUCAGACUGCGGGAAGAGUUUUAUUACACAGAGUCAACUCAAAAUUCACCAACGAAUUCACACAGGAGAGAAACCGUAUCACUGCUCAGACUGUGGGAAGAGUUUUAAUCGACAGAGUAAUCUCAAAACACACCAGCGCAUUCACACAGGAGUGAAACCGUAUCACUGCUCAGACUGUGGGAAGAGUUUUAAUCAACUGAAUUAUCUUAAAAAUCACCAGCGCAUUCACACAGGAGAGAUAACUAUCUCAGAUGUUCCACUGCAAUAAAAAGUGCAAAUUCUAAAUCGUUGACAGCCAAAGCACCUUAUUCCACCCAGAAUCUUCACUCUGUCACUUCACUCUGUCACUCUGACACAUUCCACCAGAAACAAUCAUGAACUGAAUUUAACAAUGCCUUUGACAGGUUCAGCAAAAUGAAUCUUAUCUGGGGAUGUUGUUUAAUGUAUUCCAUGAUAUGUUUUUCCCAGACAUGUGUAUGUAUAAAGACAUGUAAAAAAAAAACUAGAAACUCAGACUUAAGUAAAAGUACAAGUAUAUUUAUUUGAUUAGAAUUUGAAGUGUUAUUUAAGCUUCAUACUUGUACUUGUGUUGCAAGUAGUUUUUCUACAUAUUUGAAUCUAGUACUGAAAGCAAAUUACAACUAAUGUGUUAUGUAGAUAUUAUGGAAAGAACUCAAAAGUUUGAAUAUCAUCUUGUUUAUAUUAUUUCUAAUGUUUAUGUUUACUAAUACUAAUGUCUAAUGCUAGUUUACAGUAACAUCCUUUCUAGGACACUUCACUAAUUUACAGGUUCUACAUUAGCCUUUAGAACUAAUAAUAUUUUACAUUUUAAGAGUGUGGAUUUCAUAGUUCCAGGACAUUUGUAGUUUAAAAAUUGAGUAUGCUUUGCCAUAAGGAGGAAAGAAUAAUUUGGUAAAUGUAUAUUUCAUUCCCAGCCUUAACAGAUACUUAUUUGUUUAAAUGUAAACCUUUUCAUUUUAUUUUCUCCAAUUCUGUUCAUUUAUUUACCUUGCAAAUGUGUAUUGUGUCACUGUGUUUAAUGUUGUUCAAAAGGAGUCUUUGUUUUUGUUUGUUAAAAUAUAAAAUGUAGUUUUUUUUUU